AACGUUUCUCAAUUAAUCAGGUUAAUUAAUCAGAUAAACGAGAGAAAUGUUUACCAAUUGUCCCUCGUUCUUCCGGUUAUCAAGAUGUUGGACGCUUUCAUGUCAAGGAAACAUAAUCUCUCCUCGGAUGAAUUUUGUAUGGUAUUGUUUAUGAGAGAGAAAAUCGAUGAGAAAAAUUGCAAAUCCUAUUCUAAAUCGUUGAAAUAUCUCAUCGACGAUGUUAAAGAGAUUCAGGUACCGCCAGAAUCGUUACAUUACGAGAUCGCAGAAUUAUUCAUGACCAUAGUUCGAUUUGAAUUUCCUUUGAGAAUUGCAUGCGAGGCUUUUGUAAAGCAAAGACUGUUUUACAAAGGAAACCAUGAUUUAAGCGAAAUAAUGGUGAUUACAUAUGUCCUAAUCUUUCAAGUAUCUUCCUUGGCCAUUAAAAAUACCAUGGAUUUUUUCGUUCAUUUUAAAAUUGACAGAAUAUUGAAUUUACUAUCUUAUUUGCUUCGCAAAGAAACAUUGGAUUUGUUUUAUACGAAGAGUUGCGAUGUAUUCGAAGAAAGUUUCGUCCAAGAAAAGAUAUACGAACCUUAUUUGUUGGCCUUACCACGUUUGAAGGCGUUGCGAAUUUAUUUGAGAGAAGAAAAGCAACGUAUGAUGGCGAUACCGAAGCAAGAAACAACGAAACCAAUUUUUAUGAAAGUUCUUAAUCAUGUGAAAAGAGCAACGAAAUGUCCACCACCGACGCCAGAAGUAAUUUUAAAUCUUACGAUGAGAAAAUCACCUCGGAAGAUACCAAAUUCGAUUUACUUUUCAUCGUCCAUAGAAGAGAGGUUGAACAUUCUGCGGGAAGCCAACAAAGAUCAAGCAUUGCGUUUGUUAAGAGAAGCGAAUAAAAAUGCACCUGCGUGUUCGAGGAAACGUGAGAUUAAAUUAAUCGACGUAGAACAAGAAAUCGAGAAACGUGAUGGUUGUCCGAAAAAACGCCUACCAAUCUUCAAACCGGUUGAAAUUAAGCAAAACGCAACUUCGAUUCUCCGCGAAUGUGCACGAAUAGCCAACGAAGAACUAAAGGAAGUAUCAAAAAUACAAAAGUUGGUCGAAGGUUACUUGGAUCCGGAAUCGAUAGAAAAAUUAAACGAGGAGAGGAAACAACGUGAAAGACAAGAGGAGAUAAACAAGAUUGAAGAGAAGCAUUUGAUAGCUUUGCUAACACGAGAAGGUGCUUAUUUGGCUAAGAGAUCUUUUUUGAACGAGAACAAGACUUAUGCUCAGAAUGUUCGAGAGGAGAAAAAAGAGUUAUAUCACAGAUUAGAGAAAUUGAGAACAGAGCAAAAGAAAGAAGCAUCGGAGAACGUUGAAAAAUGUCGGGAGCUCGAACAAGCUUCUAGAGAUGCUUACGAUUCUAUGAUCGACGAGAAACGUCAAAAAGCUGCCGAGGUAUCCGAAAAAUCUCGACAAUUGAAAAUGUUAUUGGCUAAGCAAAAGGAGGAAGAAAUACGAAGGAAAGGUCAAUUAAUUAAAGAGAUCAAGGCUAUUCAAUCAUUAAGAUUGGCUACUAGAAAUAAGGAAUUUGAUCCUACGGAAACAAGUGGUUUAGGAUUGUUAUGUGAAAUGUCAUUAGCCGAGUUGAAGGAACGAUUAGUUUGGGUGAAAAUGAAAUUGAACGAGGAAUUGGAAAAACGUCAGAUUGUCAUUCAACGAGAACGAGAAAGGCAAAAGAAUAUAGUCAAGUAUAGUAAGAUCGCACUGGACGAAUACAAAAGCACUAAAAAAUCUGAUACGUAUAAACGCGUAAAUGGAAAAGCAUCGAACGUUACUUCCGUUUCUCCUCAAGUAUUGAAACUGCAAAAAAAAUUGGAAGAAAGGAGAGCGCUGAGAACGAAAAUAUAAAGACAUUAAAAGGAAAAAAGAGAUCAGAAGAAAAUAAAAAAAAAAAAAGAAAAAAAAAAGAUACAAGACUGUAUUCGAUCGAAGAAUCAUUGAUGAUGUAACUGGUAAAUAAAUGCUAUGCAGUAUGAUUUAAUAAAUCGUGCUUAUCUAACGUGCCACGAAAAAUGAUUAUAUCAUGAUAGCGUUGAAAAACAUUCGUGAGAGAACUAAUAAAAGACUAGGUUAUGAAA